AUGGUUGUCGACUCAGCCACUAGGCGCCGAGUCUAUGUUUAUUGCCGGCCCAUAUUCACCAGCGGCAACAACGCCCAGCUGCGAAAGCGAAAGAAAAUAAAGCAGGUGAUCAAGGCGAAUAAACGCUUGUUGCAGUCUUUGUUGGGUGAUAUGAGCGAGAAAACGCUGGUUGAGACCCUCCACGACCUGCUCAAUAAGAACAUUUUCUCUUCCGAGUUCUGCGCCAAGGUUGAGUUCCCAUCACUCUUUCGCUCUUCACCGCUUCGUGAAGUCCAGCGUCAAACAUCAGAGUUGAAUGCGGCUCGCUCCACGGCGGUAGUGCUGGACGAGAUUGCAUCUCAGGAUGGGGAACGACAAAGUCUGGAGAUUGUUGAGGAAGGACCAGUAGAUGGUGUAUACUUAGACUCGGCGGGCGACAUUGGUGCGGAAGAAGAUGUUCCUGGAAUUCUUGUUGAGAAGCCUUCUGCUCCAGAGAAACUUCCCUCGCUCUAUCCGUCCUAUUUGCCAUACCAGGCUCAACACCUGAUUUUUAACAAAACGCAGCAGGUCCUUGAAGAAUGCUGCUUUGAGUUUGCAGCUAACGUAUUGCCAUCGGUUCUCCAGCAGAAGAAAUGGGAGUGCCCAGCCGCUGUGGAGCUUACUCAAUGGACAAAGCUGUUCCGCUCGAAACAGACCAAAAGUCGUCUCCAAGGCCAUUUUGUAGAUAUGCACACCGAAGAGUUCGAAGAAGUGCUGACACGGGUGGCUGAGCUCCGACACACUGCCGUUCAUCGACUGACUACGACAGCCAGAGGCAUUAGUCGGCUCCUCGAGUCCUCCGUCAAACUCGCGCAGGCACUUCACGAUAACCUACGUGCCGCACAGCUCCAAGAACUGCUGUCAGACGUAGAUAGUCAGAUCCAGGCUAUGGAGCUUUACAAGAACGUUUUGGAAGACACAACAUCUCGAAAACUUGAGGAAAUCCAGCGAAAACGCGAGGAGCUGGACAAAAUGGAGAAAGACUUGGUUGAGGGAAUGUUGACGGAUGAUACGGAUCGUAAAAUCCUUAUUGGACGGCUCCUGGAGGAGUCUGUUACUCAUAUAUUUAGCAAGCAAGAACAAGGUCUGAAAAGAGAGGGAGAGGAAUGUGAGGACGAGGAGAAUGGCGAGAACGAGAACGACGAUGACGAUGACGACGAAGGCGAAGAUGAGGACGAGGAUAAGAAGGAUCCCGAUACAUUGAUCAACUGCACAAACUGA